UUCAAGACAGACAACUGAGCUACAAUAUACUUGCUCUGUUAACUUUCAGUUAAAAACAUCGCACAUUUUCUUAAAUGAUCGCUGUGAUGAUGUUCUGCUUACGAUUCAUCACACUCCUGUGUUGUUGUGUCCCUUGCUUCACUGCCGUUGUACAGCAGAGUAACGCUGAGGAUGGUACCAAUGUGACUGUCAUCUCUACACGUCUUACCAGGUCUAUCUCACCCCAUAUGGCCGAGUGGAUAGAGCACGUCUACCUUAACAAGAGGGCCACGUACAACGACAAAUCCAGGACCUGGCCCAACAUAAUCCCUUACGUCAUCGACGUUUCUUACACAGGUAACCAGGUGACCCUGAGAGAGGUGAUGGAUCACAUCUCGAGCCGUGUAUGUAUCACUUUCAAAAACGUCACCAGCACCUACGACCCGGAGAAUCCCACGUGGUUCACUAGCAACGGGUUCGAAACCAACUCGUAUAUGCUGAUAAAAACAACAGAUGGGUGCGCAACCAGCAAUGGCCAGGGAAAUAAACCAAAAGGCCGAGUUGUCACAGCUUGUGAUGGAUUUGGGAUAAAUCUACACGAGAUCCUUCACUCACUCGGGGUCAUCCACAGCCAUUCAUCACCACUUAGAGACAGCUAUGUGAGCAUCCACACGUCACUCAUCAAGCCAGAGUUACUUGGAGCUUAUGAGAAAAUCCCGGAACAGCCAACACUAGAUGCGCGUUACUUUGAUCCGUACUCAAUUAUGAUGUACACCACAGCGACUUGGCAUCUGACGGGUCAGGAGACCUACACGCCACUCAGGGACGAUUUCGUCAACAGGCUUCCGGCUUUCUCAGAGGAACACGUGGUAUUCAGCGAACUUUCUAGAAUAUACAAGUGCAACGAACAAUUCUGCAACAACGAUCAGACGGACUGUGGCCCAGGCUACCACACGUUGAUCAAUGGACGGUGUCGCUGUGUCUGUCCGGAAGAGUGGGAUCACAACACGAAUUGUAGAGAACACAUUAAUGGCCCAACCAAGAACCUCUCCUGGCCUGAUACUCAAAUUGUGUUGUAUGGAAGUGAGCAGUGCCCCACUGGAUUCGAUCCUAGUCCAGCCACACUGCCAAUUACAGGGACCUAUGCGCCGACGCAAGAACCGCUACCAAACAACUACACGAUAGAAGAUAAAACCAUCAACAUCCUGGGCUGUAAGAAAUCCACCCCCGUGAACAAAGCAGAUGUUAAUUGGAAAACGUGGCCCAUGGGCGGGGAAUAUUGUAUCGUCAAGCCAAGAGGUCAAGAUUGUGGUGGAGUUUUUCAGGAAGGUGGUAUCGAGUUUAUGUCAUUAAAUCAGAACCGCCCUGAGGGGGACGUGGGGGACGUCUCAAUCGAUGGUUCCAUGCUCAGGAUCAAGUACUGCUGCCGGGACAAGGAGAAUCAGGCGAUGGUCAUUGAUCUACCAAACGCGGAGCCUUUCAAGCUGGUACCUAAAUAUCAGGGAUGUCCAAUGGUUAGAGGAAUGAAAAGCACCUACUCUAAGUUGACAUUAUGGACUACUAACUCGUCAGCGUUUGGUGCCGUUCCGCCCGUCGGAUUUUAUUUCCGGACGUCAUUUCUCCACUACAUGUGCCAUUACCAGCCUCCUAUCUACGGCUGCAGCCAGGUUGUAAAUCUUAAUAGCAAGAAUCUAGCAGUGACUAUCAAAACACCUGGGUUCGGUACCCAGAGAGAGCCAGACAGGAGAUGUUUUUACAAUUUCAAUGUACCUGCUGGUUCCAAACUGCGUCUGACAUUGAACACGUUCGACCCACACGUCAACGACCUGUUUCUAGUCAAACGUUUUCACAAGUGGCAGGACCCGGUUAUGAUCAACAACAACUUCAAGCCGUACCAGUUGGUGAGUGAGGGAGACUACUUGUCUCUAGAAUACUGGUCUUCAUGGGAGACAACAACCAACAUGGGAAUUAACUUCAAGGUAGAUGUUGUACUAGUUGAAAAUAUGUGCUACGAUGUAAACACUAGAGGGGCAGACUACUACGGCGACAGAUCUUAUACAGAAACUUUCGAGCCUUGCGUCCCUUGGGAGAAGGCCACAUCUUGUGAUGACUUCCCCUUUGAUGGAUUGAGCGGGAUUUCCCUGUUAGAAAGCGGAAGUAGCUGUAGAAACCCCAACGGAGCUCUCCUUCAGCCCUGGUGUUAUACAUUUGUCAACGGCACUGUUUGUCAAAGACGUUAUUGUGACGUAUGCAAUUUAUUAAACGCGGUUGACGUUCUAAGCAAUUGUUCAGCACUGAAGAAGAACGACUCUGAUUUUUGCAAGUCCGCAGUUGAGCGUUACGGAUGUUUAAGCACGUGCAGUUUGUCAAAACUGAAGUUUAAGCCAGCGACAUGCAGCCCACCAAAGCUGCCACCUGAUGUAAGCGCCGCUGGAGGAUUAAAGUCAGGGUACAAGGAAGGGGAGAUCAUUAACGUCACCUGUACGACAUCCGGGGCUUUUGUGAACAUAAUUAGAUGUACCAAAUCCGGCUGGUCCGGUCAGGCGUCUGAUUGUAGCGCGGCUUUCUCCUGUGGCGACAAAAUCCAGAGCUGUAAAACGAUUCUGACCAAAUUCCCUGAGUUCUGCACUUACAGCAGUUCCAAGAUUUCUGCCUUGACGUUCUGUGAGAAAUCUUGUGGUGGAUGUUCAGACAAAAUACACUGCAAUGAACCAGCAGGAAAAAAUUACUCCCGGUCGUCUCAAUCUGCAGUUAUUUCCCCUGGCCAGGUCAUGACCUUUGCUUGUCAUGAUGGUUUCUAUCACGUGGGUGGCGACCUGAGCAGGGCGUGUUCAACUUCCGGUACAUUAUUGGGGUCAGAACCAGUUUGCCGCACUACACCGUUGCCAGUAGAUAUCCAGUUGGGAAACAUCAGAAACCGACGGGAGAGUUUGCCCAAGGAAAUUGCAUUUCUGCUGGAUGAUGCCAAAUACAGAAUCCCAUUCAAUGGUAAAAUAACCAAAUGGUACUACUACUGUGAAAAGGCUGGACCCCUAAACCUUAUUGUUUUCAGACCUUCAGGAUCCAGCUUCAAGCAUGUCGGCACCAACAGUUUCACGUGUGAGCCUGGAUGGAGAAGGACGUACAAGGUACCCGUGGAGAGCCAGGUCAUGGUACAGAAGAACGACGUGUUUGGCGCCUUCUCUCUUAAUCCUGACACACUUAGCGUCAGCGACUGCAACAACGCAGUGGUCAAGCUCCUGGUGAUUCCCACCCAGGCCGUUACGUCACUGACUGCCCUGCAGGCUACGACCAAGUUCCAGGACAUCAAGUGUUUGAUACCCUCCUUGGGCGUCAGGUUGGAACAUAGUUAAAAUAUGUUCACUUUAUCUUAUAUGUUUUCCUUUAUUACUAUAAGAUUGACAAUAAAAUAAAAUUAUAAAAUGAAUUAAAAUGCUUUAAAAAUGUAUUUAUCUGCUGAAUUUAAAACCUAUAUAUUCACUUUAUCUCACAUGUUUUACAAUAUUACUAAAAGAUUGACAAUAAAAAAAAUGUAAUCGUAUAAUCUGAAUAAAAAUGCUUUAAAAAA